UAUGUGUUUGUCGGGAAAUUGAAAUGCGUGCCCGUAAUUGUGCUACAACGUGAUUAUCGUCGUGCUGCCGUGCCGUGUAAAGCCCGCCAGAACGCCACCAGUGAGAGUGAGAGAAAAGCUGGAGCUAUAUUUAUAGAGCAUUGAACAUCAUUGAAUGAGACGUCACCAUGUCGCACCUAUUCCCAAGUGCAAAGGGUGAUCAGUUAUGUCCGCUUGGUUUCCAUCCGCAAGUACGCUGGCCCACGCGAUGUAAGCGAUGUUUUCGAGACUACAAGGAACACGGAAAUAAACGAAAUGGAGACGACAUAGCAGCUUCAACGCCGGUUUUGCCAGGCUCAACCCAAUCACGCAAUCGUGACAGUGGCAGCAGCACCACACUGGACAAACCGGUCCGAAGUUGGACAUCUACACAGAAUCUGCUUAGUCCGAGUAGUGGCAAUGGCGGCAGCAGUCAGAACUUUCAGCAACGUCCAGCUUCGUGGGCCUCGACGCCGGAUCUGGACAACAUUCUGCAGGCGGUUAAGGCCGAUUUUACGGUCAACUUGCCCCUCCCUAGACGACGGCAUACGACAACAUUCGACAAUGUUAGUAAUCUAGACGAGGUAAACUCGACAACAGUCACCAUCAAAAGGCCACCACUGCCACCGAUUCUGAAGGUGGAAAGCGUUAAAAAGGAGGACAAGGCAGAGCUACAAAAACGUGAAGACAGUGCAACGGACAUUGUGAUCGAGAAGGGUGACUCGCUGGCGGAGCGUGUGCGUAAGUUAAAUCUAAUAAAACGGCAAGGUAGCGCAGAACGGGAGACGAGUCGAGAGCGUUCAGUUCCUCCGAAGCAGGAAAAAGAUGAACCACCAGUCGUAACAGCGAAAAUUGUUCUCAAACCGCCCAAAACAGAACCGGAAACGGUUGAAAAAAUCGAACGACGAAGACGUAGACCCAUUCCAGACACACCCGAUUCCAGUGUCACCAGUUCCUCUGCAGCUACAACUAGCUCUAAAGUAAGCACCGCCAGCAGUGUGAAGCCGACGGUAACGUUUGCAAGCACAUCACAGCCAUCAACCGCGUCUUCUACAACUAGCUCCCAGACUUCCAAAGAGUCUCAGGGAACUGAUGCAAGCGCUACAACCAAAAGUAUCAUUCGCAGACGACGCAUAGAAGAAUCUACAGCACCGUCGUCGUCUACCACUUCUACCCCGUCCUCCGUUGGGUCUUCAUCGUCAUCAAAAUCCACCCUUACUCAGUCGAGCCCGUCCAUAACCUCUUUCCAGCCGAAGAGUGCGCGUCCUGCCAGUGAGCCGCAAGUACCCAGUUCCAGCAGCGACGAUGUCAAAUUCCUCAUAUCGAUUAAAGACAAAAAAGCGAAAGCGGACGAUGAUCUACACUCGAUUACGACCGAAACGACCGAAACGACGGAAGCAACCAUUGUGGACCACACAGACAUUCGAGAACUGCAGGAGGAGAACGAAGGUCUCAGACGUGAACUGGAAACGGUCAAAGCACGAGCGGAACGAGCCGAACGGGACAAGAGCGAUAUUCUGCUGCGACGUCUUGCCUCCAUUGACACUGUGUCGAACAAGACUGCUGCGUCCGAAGCUCUCAAGUUGCAGCAGAAGGUAAAUGAGCAGAAACAACUGAUAGAUGACCUGCAGGACGAGAAAAAGUUCCUUACCACCAAGCUGAAAGAGAUGUCCGCCGAUAUGAAUGUUCGGGGCAGUCGAGGUAUCGAGGAACAGCUUCGCCAGAAACUAGAACAGGCGGAAACGCUCUGCGAGGAACUGAUGGAUGAGAAUGAGGAAAUCAAACGCGAACUUCGCAACAUGGAAACGGAGAUCGAAGAAAUGCACGACAACUUCCGUGAGGAGCAGGCGGAUGAGUAUGCGUCACUGAAGAAAGAGCUCGAUCAAACGACAAAAAAUUGUCGCAUAUUAUCAUUCAAGCUGAAGAAAUCCGAUCGCCGUAUUGAGCAGCUAGAGUCGGAAAAGUCUGCCCUUGGGGCGAGCGGAGACUUGGCAGCUAAAAUAAAACAGCUCGAGGAUGAGCUGAAGGUGUCGAAUGAAGUGGCACGUCGCCUACAAACGGAACUAGAAAGCGCUGGCCCAGGAGCAACGCCAACGUCUCCGACUAAGAAAACACCGAGCCUUGGCAAUAUCGGUAAGUCGACGUCGGCCGACAGUAAGAUUUCUCGCGCCUCAUUAACACGCGGUGGAUCGCAAGAAGAUCCGGCACAGUUGCUGCGCGAUCUGCAGGAUUCGCUCGAACGGGAGGCGGACCUUCGGGAGCAGCUUAAGUACGCCGAGGAGGAGGCGGAAAAUUUGCGCCGCAAAUCAUCUCGCGUUGAGGAUGAGAAUGACUCUUUAGUAAUGCAGCUGAAGAAGAUGGCAACGAAGGCGAAAACUAAGAGCAGUAUCUUCACUAAGGCAAGAAAACUUAGCCCAGCACCCACAUCACGCUCCAGCACGGACACUACUCCCAUAGAAAAGGAUGAAGGAAUAUCGGACGAGGAAGACCCGGCCGAACUGCGCUUGCAGCUCGAACUGAACGAACAGGAAAUGGCAGUUCUGCGGCGUAAGAUGGAGGAGUUCGAGCACGAGAACAAACAUGCGCGAGAGCAAAUCAAAGAUCUGCAGGAAAAUCUAGCAUCCAAAACGAAGGAACUGGGUCGCAAACUUCCAUCGUCGCUCGGUAGCAAAACAGGUGUGAAGGAUCCAUUGGAAGAAAAGAAAAUUACUGUUAUGGAAGAAGAGAUAAGCGAGCUGCGGAAGAAGCUGAUCGAGAAGGAUCGCGAAUUUGAACGAUUGCAAGCUGAGAUGGCACUAGCUAAGUCAAAGGGUGGCAAAUCACUGUCUAAGUCCAAAUCACUUGAAGCCCUUACCGAACAACAGGCACUAGACUUGAAACGACAGCUGCAGGUGAUCGAGCAGGAAGCGACUGUACUGCGAGCCAAAACGCAAAGCCUCGAGCAGGAUAAUGAAAAGUAUCAGGCAGAGAUCAAGAAGCUUCAGGCCGCCGCACCGAAGGCAACCGCAACAUCAGCGGCGGAUAAGAAAAAGCUUACCGAUUCGAUUGAGCAGUUGGAGAAGGAGAAACAUGAGCUUGAGGUACGGUUGAAACGCCUCGUACAAGAGUCUCUCAGUCAGCUACCGGUACGUUUGUCCAAGAGCCCGACAGAUAUGCACACCAAACUUCAACUAAGGAAAAUGGUCGAAGAAUGUGAAAUGGAGAUCGACGAACUGCGAGCUUUGGUUGGCAAAGCGGGUGCUUUGAACAUUACUGCGCUAGAAAAGGAAAGGAAGCAGCUCGAGGCGGACCUGACCGAAACAAAGCAACAACGGGAUAAACUUACAUCUGAGCUAAGCACACUUAAAAAGGAAACUCUCGAACAGCAAACAUCGAAACUGAAUGAAGCACAGCGUACUGUAGAAAAAUUGGAAGACGAAAAUAGAAAGCAAAAUGAAAAGAUUAAAACGCUCGAAGAUAAAAUCACUAAAAUCAAUACUACAAUGAAGGCUACAGAAUCAAGCAAAACUUUCCUCGAAACUCAACUCAAAACGGAGAAAGAGAAACAUACCACCGCCGAGCGAGAGCUUGAAAAACUACGCAAGGAAAAGACUAAGCUGGACAAUCGGAUCAAUGAUUUAGAGAAGGAACUUCAGCUCUCGAAGAAAAAUGCCGAGCUCAUCAAGGAAAGUCUGGAGCGGGAAAUGGCGGCAAUGAAGAGUAAAUCGUCUACCGGUGCGGACGAUACCGAAGCGACGAAGCUUCUGCAGGAUCUUAAAAAGCAAAACGAAGAACUAACAGCAGAGAUCCACCAGCAGAGCAGAAAGUUCGAAGAGUUGCUUCAGAAACAUGAAACCAUGGAAGAGGACCAUCUGGUCGUUAAGGCACAGCUUGCAUCGGAACGCGAAAAGACGCAAGAAGUUGAUAAGCUGAAGAACAAGCUGCUCCAAGCGGAAGCCAUCGAGUCAAGGCUGGUAAAGGAAAACACUAACAUGAGCCGCCGAUUAGUGGAGGUGCAGAAGAAAUUAACCACCGCCGAGACAAACAACGACAACCGGUACGCCGGAAUAGAGCUGGAGAAAAACCGCUUGAAGACGGCACUGGAAGACAAGCAGCACGAUUACGAGAAACUUACCAAGGAAAGCGAAAUGAACGCGUAUCAAGUGAAUCAGCUGAAAAAAGACAACGAAGACUUACGCGGAAAACUGGAUGACUAUGAACGCAUUAACAAGGCUCAGCGUACACUAAGCGAACACAACGCUCAUUUGGAGCAGGAGCUGAAGAAUGUCUACAAAAAACUAGAAGCGUCGGAGUUGAAUGUAAAGUCAGAAGUAGCUGCCACACGCUUGCGCUACGAGCAACAGGUGACCAACUUGCACAACGAGCUGACAGCUAUGCAGCGACAGUGCGAACGGUUUAAGCGAGAUCGUGAUACCUUCAAGCAGCUGGUAGAAGCCGCCCAGAAGCAGAUUGGAGAUAUGAAGGCAAACCGACGCAGUCUCGCGUCCGUUACCAGCAGCAGCGGAGACGAUGACGAUAAGACGAAGAUAGUCGCACUGGAGCAACAGAUUGGCUGUCUCGAGGAUGAACUUAGUGAGGCUCGGCUUGAAGCUAGCAAGGUGCGCACGGAGCUAGUAUCCGAGCUGAGUGCGUCCGAGAUUAAGAUCUCGGAGAUGCAAUCCAAGAUCAAUGAGCUGGAAGAGGAGAAAAUUAUGGGUAGCGGAAAGUCCAAAGUGCCCGGCACGAAGACACGACUCGAGCUAUCCUGGCAGAAGGAGCGCGAGGAGUUGCAACGGUUAGUGCAGGAAACGUCGACGUUGGCUCGCGAUCUACGCCAAACACUGUACGAGGUGGAGCGUGAACGGGACAAGGAGAAGCUCGAAUCGAAGCGCAAGAUCGAACAAAUCAAAAAGACAACCGAGGAAGAGAUCGAGGAGGGUCGCCGGAAGGUGACCGAAUUGCAGAGCGAUCUGCUGGAGUUGCGCGAUGCUCACGCAAAACUGCGCACGGCAAACGAAAAGUUGCGCCGCGAUCGCGAUCGUUACGAGCGUGAGCGGGUCGAUGCUACGAGAAAGAGGCUGGAAGCUGAGGGUGACAGACGGAUAGGUGCGCUGCUGCAAACGGUUGACGAGUUAGUGAAGCUCGCGCCGGAACUGCAGAAAGUAGCGUCCAAGGAGUCUCACACAACAAGCACGGGAAAGACCAUCUCAGCUAAUGCACCCAUUCCAACACCGCCCAUGCGUCACAAGAGUCCAUCGCCGGGACCUGGAGCCACAGCACAGCCACAGCAAUCGAUUUCUACAGUAUUAGCCAGGCUGGCCGAUGCAUCCGAAGAUCUGAGACGCUACCAGCGUAUGUGCGACGAGGAAAAGGACAGAGAACGGGCACGUCGCGGUGGGAUGCGACGUGCUGCAUCGCAAGAAAACGAUACAAUGCACGAUAAUUCACCAAGCCGGCCGGUACUCAGGGUGAAUCGAAACGGUGGCAGCAGCCUGCACAGAAAGAGUCUUUCGUUGGAUCAAUCGAUGCAGGCUGAACAGCAGGGGCUUAUCUGGCGCGAAGGGGACGAUAGUAUGUCGUCACUGCAAUCGAUCGACUCCGACUACGGCAUGAUGCGCCGCGAUUCCAGCCUAGAUUCGCGCCUGUCGACCGGUUCGACCCAAAGUGAUAUGCCUCGCAUGCGAAAGAAGAAGCGCGGUCUGAUGGGUAAACUGCGCAGCUUAAGUCUGACGCGCGGCAAAGGAACCGAAAGCGAUUAUUCGCACCAAGGAUCAGAUUCCGAUCUCAGUCUGGCAGGUGAUGUUCGAUCGAGCAAAACCAAUCUAAAGGGAAAGCUAUCGGGAAUGUUCCGUCGGGCCGGAUCUUCUUCGCGCACCAACAGUGCCGAAGCUAUUGAUCGCGAAAUUCAACGCCCAGUCGCCAUCCAGACGCUCGGUAAUGGUCCUACAUCGGUAGCUGUGCCACCACAACGGCCAGUUUCUGCUAGUACACCGCAUUUAGCUAGAGCUGCUAAACCUCCCACACCGUCAAUGGCAUCAACGCAGAGAAAACGGCUGAGUGCUAACCUUCCACCAACAGGCCAAUCUUCUGGUGGAGGUUAG